UUGCUACUUAUUUUUUUUCAGGCGGUUUGCGGGCAUCUACAAAUUGAGGUGGUUUCAAUAAAAGUGUUUCCAUAUGUGUGGUGGAUUCAGAAUGCUCUCAGGGCAAAGUUCGCGAAGAAAAAGAACCAGCUUCAUUAUGAGACGAGAACUCACAUCCGUCAAUUCACUAUCAAGAACGUUACAGGCAGUACAGCGAGCACCUUUCUGGAAUACAUUCAGCGAAACAUACCGGAAGGAAUUGCUAUGAAAGUGACAUACGAUGAAAUUGCCCCGCUACCCGAAAUGAUUCGCACUAAGAUGGAAGUGUUGCAGCAAGCGGGUGAGGAAAACGCGAAGACAGUCCCAAUGAGUGAGCAGGAGAAAAGUGUCGUUGAGGCGCUGCUAAAAGAGGGCGCAAAGCAAGAUCCAGAAUCGCUUCCCAGUAAUUCCCCGAAUUUAACGGCGAAUUAA